UACAACAGAAAAAAGACCAGAAGAAGAAAAGCAAAGGAAGUGGUGAACGCUUCAUUCACCGACCGUGGCUGUUGUCUCCAACAGAUCCAAGCGAUUUUCAACGUUUCACAUCAAAUGUUGCCUCGUUAACAACUUGACUUUGGCUCAGUUGCUCUGUACGAAAUAAUCAGACGAACGAACAAAGAUGUGGAGACUUUUGGAAGCAACAACCGAACACAAACCAACGUUGGGUUUGGAUGGAAAUGAGCAACUAAACAAGUCCGUGGAUGCUGUUUUCAGUCCCACAGUUCGACUGCACAGAUUAGUGUUCCCUUCAGAUGUUCAUCAGACGGUGCUGAUUAAAGAGGUUGCUGUUGAAGAAAAGAGACCUGAUGUAGACCAGCAGGACGCAGGGCUCCUCAACAUUAAGAAGGAAGAGGAAGGGCUUUGGAUCAGUCAAGAAAAAGAGCAGCUCUAUGUGCAGAAUAAGCUAGAUGCUGCCAGGUUCUCAUUUACCACUUUGAAGAGUGAUGGUGAUCACCAACAUCGAGACACAAGUAUUUCAGCUGACCAGGUGAAAGUACAAAGUGAUGAAGACCUAAAUACUUGUGGUCGUGAUUCUAGCUCCUCAGAGAGUAAAGUCCGUGGGAACGAUGUUGACCCUCAGCUGAAAAACCUAUCAGACUCAUGUCAGUUCAGAAGAAGCUCUUCAUGUGAUUUGAUUGGUGAUGAAUGUAUUGUAGAGAAACACAAUGUGGACUCACACAGGAAAGUCCAAACAGGACUGAAACCGUUUUGCUGUGGUGACUGUGGACAGAGAUUUGUCAGGAAGGGAAAGCUGAGCAUACACAUGAGAAUCCACAAGGGACAGAACCUGUUGUUUUGUGAAGUCUGUGGAGACAUAUUUAGCUUAGAGAAGAACUUAAAAAGGCACAUGGCGACCCACACAAGACGGAAACGUUUUCCCUGUGAUGUCUGUGAAGAAUCCUUUAAUCAUGAGGCAGGUUUAACCAAACACAUGACUAGCCACACGGGCCUGAAUCCGUUUCUCUGCACGAUUUGUGGAAACCGAUUUAAACAUAAGGCAAGUGUAAGCAGACACAUGAAAGUCCACACAGGAGAGAAAGACUUUGGUUGUGGCGUGUGUGGGAAAAGUUUUACUCGAAAAACGGGGUUAGACAUGCACGCACGAACCCACACGGGCCAAAAGCCGUUUAGCUGUGAUGUUUGUGGUAAAGCAUUUGGCGACAGCACAAUUUUAAAGGUGCACAGAAGAAUCCACUCGGGGCUAAAACCGUAUGUGUGUAAUGUUUGUGGAAAGAAAUUUAGACAAAGUCCACAUUUAAUCACACACGUGAGGCUCCACACAGGACUACGACCAUAUGCCUGUGGAGUUUGUGGACAUGGGUUUAAUGAAAACGCAGCUUUGAAGACGCACAUGAGGCUCCACACAGGACAGAAACCAUUUCAUUGUGAAAUCUGUGGACAAACGUUUAAACACAAGUUAAGUCUCACCGGACACCUGAGAAUCCACACAGGACAGAAACCUUAUUCCUGUGAUGUCUGUGGAAAAGACUUUAAUAACAGAUCCAGUUUAAGGAGCCACACGACAGUCCACACAGGAAACAGACCGUAUGUUUGUGACGUUUGUGGAAAACGUUUUACGGGCAAGUUAACUUUAACCAUGCACAUGAGAAGUCACACAGGACAGAAGCCUUUUUCCUGCAGCGUCUGUGAACAAAGGUUUUCACACAAGCAAUCUCUUAAGGUACAUCUGAGAUCCCACUCAGACCGGAAGCCGUUUUUUUGUGGUGUUUGUCUAAAAGUGUUUAAGCAUGAGGAAAAUGUGCAUCGACACAUGAGAAGUCACACAGGACAGAAACCAUUUGCCUGCAGCCUCUGUGAACGAAGGUUUUUGUACAAGCAGAGUCUUAAGGCACAUGUGAGAUCGCACUCGGACCAGAAGCCGUUUUCUUGUGGUGUUUGUCUAAAGGCGUUUAAGCAUGAUGGAAAUUUGCGUCAACACAUGAGAAGUCACUCAGAACAGAAGGCGUUUGUUUUGUUUGUGGACAAAAGUUUAGAUUGAAGUCGGAGUUAAAUGCCCACCUGGGAAACCACCCAGGACAGAAGUCAUUUGUUUGUGGGGUUUGUUUUUUUUGUGGGAUCUAAUAAAAUUCUAAACCAGCACAUGAAAACCCACAA